AUGAAGGCCUCUUUUGUCGUCGCAUUCAUGGUCGGCACCGCCGUAGCCGCAGUCAUCCCCGCCAGAGCUGUGGACUCUGACGAGGCUGUCGUAUAUCCUGCUCAAGUUGACCAGUCUUGGGUAGAUGCUCAAAAGAGAUCCUCUGCCGACUCUGACGAAGCCGUCGUCUACCCCGCCCAAGUCGAUCAGUCUUGGGUCGACGCUCAGAAGCGCUCGCAAGACUCGGAUGAGGCGGUCGUGUACCCUGCGCAAGUAGACCAGUCUUGGGUUGAUGCGCAGUAA